AUGGAGAAGGAAGAUCUUUAUUAUAAAAAGGACAUCUAUUAGAUUAAAAAAUACAAUCUUAUUCAUCACCAGCUUUUAGAGCACUACAAGCAAGAUUUUAAUAAUUUGCUUUUCAGACAACUAGUUCCAUCAUUCUUAACAAUUUUUAAAUUCUUAGCAUUGGCCUUCAAGCCAAGUACAUAAGAAUUAAAAGUCCAUGGUAAUUAUUUAGUAAUGCUUGAACAUUAUAUAGGUUAACAAUAAGAAUUGGACCAAACAAAAGAAGAUUUCUAUAAACAAAGGUAUUCAUUGACAUUUAUUUGAGAGUUAAAGAUAAUUACCAAUUUAUUUCAUUUCAUGAUACACAACUUGAUCCUGUCCAUUUAUAAGUAUCUACAGUAAUUUAUAAACAUUAUUGA